GUGGGAACCGUUGUUUUGAGAAUCGUUGACCUUGAGAUUUGUUUAUCCCAACGCUUUCUACUGUAAAUCAUCAAAUUCGAUAUUCUGAGUGGACGUAUUACUGGAGAGAAAAAGAAAACAAAAAGCUGGAUAAUAUCCACCGUUGUCACCAUUAUUAUUACUGGCUUGACAAUUUUGAUUGUUACAGAUAAUGAGUGAAGACGAUCAAAUUGUGAGACAGAGAACAGAUAAUAUUACAGAGGAGCAAAUUACUGCUGGACAAGAUGAGUCAGCCGGAUCUAAAAAGCCAACGACAAGCGAUGAAGAUGAUGAUGAAGCAAUUGAUCCGAUUAAACCAGAUUUUCAUGCUGCUGAAAAGUUACAUCAAGGCACAGGGCAUGUACCACCAGUCAUAAGCUUUUUAAGCAAUUUUCUUUCACCACGUUGGGUCAAUUGGACUGUACGAUUGUUUACAGGUAUCCUGUUGAUAUCUUCAUUCACAUUGUUAAUCUAUUUGGGCCCAUUGGCAUUGGUACUUAUGGUUUUAGCAAUUCAACUGGCUUGUUUCAAUGAAAUCAUUAAUAUUGGCUAUUUAGUUUAUCGAUCACACGAUCUACCAUGGUUUCGACCAUUAUCAUGGUAUUUUCUGUUCACAUCGAAUUAUUAUUUAUUCGGUGAAAGUUUGAUUGCACGAUUUCGGUUACUUUUGGCGAAAGAAGAUUUUCUUCAACCGUGGAUCACGCAUCAUCAGUUUAUCUCCUUCUCGUUAUACUGUGCUGGAAUUGUUGGAUUUGUUCUAAGCUUAGUGAAGCGUCAUUAUAUUAAACAGUUCACAUUGUUUGGCUGGACCCACGUUACAUUACUCAUCUUUGUGACGUCAUCAUACUUUUGUAUAGAGAAUAUAUUCAAUGGAAUGAUCUGGUUCCUUUUGCCCGUCUGUUUAGUGAUAUGCAAUGAUAUAAUGGCCUAUGUGUUUGGCUUUUUCUACGGGAAGACUCCAUUGAUUAAGCUGUCACCAAAAAAGACCUGGGAAGGUUUUAUCGGUGGUGGCCUGUCGACAAUUGUCUUCAGUUUGAUCUUUUCAUACAUCCUGUUGAAAUUUGAUUAUUUCGUUUGUCCAAUUGAAUGGGAUGAUGCUAAGGGAUCGUUGACAAUGAAUUGUACAAGGAAUCCUGUGUUUGUAGCACAGACGUAUAAUUUACCAAAAUAUCUAUUCUUUCUACCAAUUCGUCAAAUCAUUUGGUAUCCAUUUUUACAGCAUUGUUUAAUUAUAAGCAUAUAUACAUCAGUAGUCGGGCCAUUCGGUGGAUUUUUCGCUAGUGGUUUUAAACGUGCAUUUAAAAUUAAAGAUUUUGGUGAUUUAUUCCCUGGACACGGUGGUGUAGUCGAUCGUUUCGAUUGUCAAGUAUUAAUUGGAACAUUCGUAUUAUUCUAUUAUAAUUCAUUUGUUCGCAUUCAUAGUCCCACAUCUUUACUGCCUAAAAUCUUCAUAUUACCACCAACUGAUCAACUAACAUUCUAUCGUCUACUCACAGAUGGUUUAUACAAACGUGGCCUAUUGUCUGACCAGUUGAUGAAUGCAGUGAAUGACUUGCUUCCUCCUCCUCCUGCCCAGUCAACAGGGAAUUCUCGAACUACUGUUGUCGUCACAUCGGCAGAAUCAACUGGAACCACUGGAACAACAUAGAGAGACACAGAAAUAGCAAUGAGUGAAUAGUCUUCAGUUAUUAAUUUGUGAGAUUAUAUCUCACCACGACGACGACCACCAUCAUCAUCAUCAACAUCAUCAUCGUCAUCAUCAUCAUCACCGCCGUCGUCGUUGGCGCUUCUUAAUCUUGAUGUGUUGUAUGAUUGAUUCUAUUCUUUCUCUAUAGUGAGUGCGACAGUUGUGAAGUGCAUCGUUAUAAUUAUUCAAAAUACAAAGCUACUACUACCACUCUAUCAAUCCUACUAAUAACUAAUACUAAUACUGGCAUUUCUUUGUAGAACACACACUCGCGAAUACACCUACACCCCCUUCUCCACUGAUUAUUGACUCAUGUCCAUACCCACCCACACACUCACACACGCCCUGAACUAUAUUCAUCAUCAGCCAUGCGCGUAUACACAAUCAUCGUAUUAUAUAUUGUCAUAGUUAUAUACAAACAAACAUAAAAUCGAUAUUUUAGAAGUACACACAAGCAUUUGUGUUGUUUUUGUUAUUAUUAUUAUUGUUGUGUCUUCUCCUCCUGCUUCUUAACCUUUACUUACAAACAUACAAACAUCUCCUCUCUGUGGAUGUUAUAGUUUUCUUCAAUGAUUUGUCUACCUCUUCGUGUGCGUAUGUGUGAGUGUCUGUUCAUUGUUCUACUUCUCAUUUGGUUUGUGUGUGUAUGUGCUUGUGUAUGUCUGUCUGUAUCUGUGCUAUUUGCUAUUCGCCCCCCCACCCACCCCAUACUCAUUCAUUCCUUUGAUCGGUUCUGUGUGGAUCAUACUGUGCUCCAAUGCGUUUUGAGUCCUUUACUGUCGGCAGAGAAUGAUUGAGCUGCAGAUCACGUGUCUGUGUGUGUGUGUGUGUGUACGAGUGUGUUUGGUUGUCUACACCCUAGUGAACAACCACCAGGCACAUCAUUUGCUUUUAUCUUCUUGUUUUUUUAACAAUUCAUGUGUAUACUACUCAUUAUAUUUAUCAGUAAGCUAAAUGCUUCACUGAUUGAUUGAUUGCUUGAUUGAUUGUUAUUUGUCUGUAUAGCUGUGUGCGUGUGUGUGUUUGUGUGUGUGGCUGCUGUUGUCGGUGUUGUUGUUGUUGUUGUAUUUUCCACAAAAACGCGUCAUUUUUCGCUUUUUAUUUGUAACGAGAUGAAGUGCAGAAAAAUAAAACCACAAUAGAGCUGCUAUAUAUUAUAAUAAUAAUAUCGCUGUUAUAUAAAGAGGAAUAACCAUUACAACACUACUGUUAUUAUUAUUAUUGUUUCUUAUUCUUGUCACACUAUGGUGUAAUCAUUUCAGUGAGUGAGACAUUCUUCUAUUUAUUAUACUGUGAUUAUUGUUGUUAUAACUAUUAUUAUUAUUAUUUAUUUAUUUCUUCAUUUUCGUGCAUUCAAUAAUUUGAAAAGAGAGAGAGAAUUCCGAUGCAUU